AAAGCUUUAAAUGGAAGAUACGACAGCAGUGCAAAGUCCUGCCGUAGUACAGGGCUCGUUGCGCCAGUGCCCAGUGAAAGCGGUGGCGACACGUAGUGGAAAUCGGGGAGCCGAGCCAGCCAGGCGCCGGCGGGGGACGCACGGCCGCAGCCCGGGGAAGAAGAGCACAUCCCCGGCAGAGGCGGGCGCGCUGCUGAGGGAAGGCGCCUAAGAAAAGCCGCGCUCGGAACUCAGGCUCCUCUGCCGAGCGCCCGGCCCCCUUCCCGGCAGGAGACCGGCGAGCCCCGCCCCGGCAGGGAGGCGGGCCCGGCCCGGCCCGGCGGAGCGGUGCUGAAGUCGCACGGGAUGGUGGAAGUUCCGCGGCCGGGGCAGGCCAGGGCUGCGGGCGGCUGCCCUCGGCGCCGGUGAGGCGCGGGCGGCAUGCAGCCGGCCCCGGGGGCGUAGCGAGCGCCCCGGCCAGCGCGCACUCCCUGGAGCCCGAGCCGCGGGACCUUCUGCGCAGGUAAUGGCCUGCGCCCUGCUGCUGCUGCUGGCCUGCGGCUUGCUGGGUCCGUGCCAGCAGGAGCCCCAGACCCCGGACUGGAGGAUGACCCUCAAGACCAUCCGGAACGGGGUGCACAAGAUAGACAUGUACCUGAACGCGGCUCUGGAUCUCCUGGGAGGAGAGGACGGCCUGUGUCUGUAUAAAUGCAGCGACGGGUCGAAGCCUCUUCCACGUUAUGGGUAUAAGCUUUCACCACCGAAUGGAUGCGGAUCGCCGCUAUUUGGAGUUCAUUUUGACAUUGGUAUCCCUUCGAUGACAAAGUGCUGUAAUCAACAUGACAGAUGCUAUGAUACCUGUGGCAAUAGAAAAAAUGAUUGUGACGAACAGUUUCAGUAUUGUCUCUCCAAGAUCUGCAGAGAAGUACAGAAAACACUAGGAAUAUCAGAGAGUGUACAGGCCUGUGAAUCAACUGUUCAGUUGUUAUUUGAUGCAGUUAUACAUUUAGGAUGUAAACCAUACCUGGAUAGCCAGAGAGCUGCAUGUAUGUGCCAAUAUGAGGACAAGACCGACCUAUAAAAGAAGACACUGAUGAAAGCUCAUGAGCUAGAACUAAGAAAAAGACUAUGUACGGAGAGCCAGUGUUCUGUUACAAAGCUGGUUUAUUUCAUUUUCACAAAGCAUAAUACAAAAAAUGGCUCAAACAUACACUAAAAUAGUUUCCUAUUUUAAAAAACAGCUUAACCCUCCUACCCUCGACAUACACUUGGAGCUUGAAACUGAAAGUAGUUUCCUUCAACAUGUGCCCAGAGGUAGAGUUGCUCAUAGAAUGCUACUGCAAAAACUACUGGUGUCUUUUUUGCUUUAAAAAAAAUAAAAAUUGGUGGUGGGGAAUGAAAGGCACAUGAGAACCAGAUAGACUUUUCAAACUUUUUUUUAAGUAGGUCAAGUUUGGAGUUUACCAACCUUUAGUGUUUCUAGUAUAUCUCAAUAGGAAAGGAAGACUUUCUGCAUUUGAAAUAUUUUGUGCAUUCAGUAUGUAAUCUUAAAUGUCUUGCACUUCUGUGCUUUUGGUAAAAUGACUUCUGUUUCUCUGCUUCUAUGUUGCUAUGUUCUCAUAUACAGUAUGUUGAAGGCUAGGCCAAACCUAGAACUAAAAACUGCAUCUUCCUAUCUGUUUUAUGUAUCAAACUCCCUUCUGAAGCACUAGUCAGAUCAGAAACACUGGUACUUUUAAGGCUUGAAUUGCAAAAUUGAACAGUUUAGAACCUAGCAAAAUAUGAAGGUGAUACUUCUGAUGUAACAACUUAGGGAAGCAUUUCUAUUGUUCUUACAAAUUAUUUCUUAAAGAAAUAUUUUUAAUAGAUGUUUAUAUUUUUCAAAUCAAAUUUAUUUUUAUUAAAUGUACCACCCAACAGAGGCAUUCUAUUUAACAAAGGUGUCUUUAUAUGUAUAGCAAGGAUGGAUCUUAAUUGUCCAAAGAGAAUGAUUUAUAUUUAACUCUUGUAAUGUAGACUGUGUUACUGUAUUCACUUACCUUUUGGCUUAUCUUCCUUUUACUCUGUUCUUUGGGGUUUUGUAAAAAAUUAUAAAUAAGAAAAAUGAUUUUUUUAAAUGUCUUGGUAUUUCUACUACUUGUGCAAGAGUCAGAGUAUCCAAGACAUCUUUUGUAUGAAUAUAUUAUGUGCAGCUAACAAAUAUACAAUUCCUAAUUUUCUCUCAUCUCUGCAUUUUUCCCUGUGACUUUCAGCUUGGGUCAGCUAAAGUUAUUCAGUUUUAUGUCCAGUGUUAUUUUACCUUCAUUUUCUGUACUAACUUCCCCCUCCCCCUCAAAAAAGUGCAAAUUUCAGCAGGAGACUGUGGAUUUUGAUUGUUUAUCUCUAAGGCCAGAUCUACACUACAAAGCUAGGUCUGAUAGCUAUGGCAAUCAGGAGGGGGUGGGAACCACCACCACACACACCCGAGCUAAGGUAGCUAUGCCAGCAAAACAAAAACCAAAAAACCUCACUGUAGAUGCAGCUAUGCAGAUAGAGUACUUCUGUCAACAUAGCUAAUGGGCAUUCAGGAAAGUUGCGUUUCUACAUUAGGGCCUGGUCUACAUUACAAAGUUAGGUCAAUUUAACUACAUUGGUCGGGGUGUGAAAAGUCCACACCCAUGAGCAGUGUAGUUAAGCUAACCUAAGUCCCUGUGUAUAUAGCACAACUUUUGGAGUGUCGCAGCAAAAGCUAAAAGAUUGUGACAUUAAGCCUCUGUUUUGUAUAUGCUUUAUAAAACUGGCUUGUGGACA